CCAGGGUGCCCGCGGCAGUCGCCUGACCCAAGACUCUCUGCUCCCGGGCGAGCGGCGCAGCCGUUCCGGCGCUUCUCGGGCUGGUGCGGCUCUUCCCGCCGAGCUGAGGGGUCUGAGCCUUCGCCGAUGGUCCCUCGGUACAGCCAGCUGCUCCGGCACCUCCAGGGGCGAGAAGCAAGGGGCCUCGUCCUCAGGUCCUCUCGCCGCGGUGCGUCUGGGAGUUAUGGUUCACCUGGCCGCAGAGGCCCCCUGUGUGUCAGCAGGGCGGAGAGGAAGAAAACUACAGAUCCCAGAGAGCAGCGCGGGUGCCGCUGCCACCGCGGGCGCCGCGCGGGGGGCGCGGGCGGUGCUGGCCGGGGCCGCCAUGGAUCUGUUCGGGGACCUGCGGCGCAUGAACAAGCGGCAGCUGUAUUACCAAGUCUUAAAUUUUGCUAUGAUUGUGUCUUCUGCCCUGAUGAUCUGGAAAGGGCUGAUCGUGGUGACUGGCAGUGAGAGCCCCAUUGUUGUGGUGCUCAGAGGAAAUGGGAACAUCAAAUUUCUGACUAAAGGGGAUAAUAAUGAAGUUGAUGAUAGAGGCUUGUACAAAGAAGGUCAGAACUGGUUAGAGAAGAAAGAUGUUGUUGGAAGAGCAAGAGGGUUUUUGCCCUAUGUAGGAAUGGUAACUAUAAUAAUGAAUGACUACCCAAAAUUUAAGUAUGCUCUGCUGGCAGUGAUGGGAGCCUAUGUACUGCUCAAGCGGGAAUCCUAAACACCAGAACAGGGGCAAAUACCCAGGGGAAACAACUGAUAUAUUUCAGACGGUUUCAUUUCUGUAUACAGUUACAAAACUGUGCAAGCUUUUGUCUUGUCUGAAUAAACAACUCCUAAUGAGUGAA